AUUUCCUAUACAACUUGCAGUGCCAUUAACAUUGGAUGACAUUAGCUGCUUUGCAUUUCAUGAAAACAUCUGGAUAGCUUUGAUGUGUCGUCUACACUGUGCUGUGGCAACAGAAGUGGUAUUGGUUUGUUUGAUCUAAUAAUCAGCUGAGGUGACAAUAACUUGAUAAUGCUGCCUUUACGUACGACUAUAAUGCAUGUUUGAGCUCUGAGUGGUGAUUUGAGAUAGUGCCGACGGCAUUCCUAUUGGUUUAAUGGAAACGUGAUGACAUGUAAGAUUUACUCACGUAGUAUAAAACCUCCCCUCUAUAACGGAUCCAAGACAUCGUGGACAGGACUUCUUACCAGUGACAACUGUACAUCAACUGUAUAUCAAAUACUGGAAUCAUCCUAGCUGCCACACUACAACACUUGGGAAUCAUGAGUGAGAGACAAGGAUCUGGAGCGAUGAGUGGAAACAGCAAACCUGCUGGACAAGAUGACUCUAAGGCUGCUCCUGAGGAGGACUUUGCGGACAUCGACAUGAAGGCUCCGGAGACGGAGAAGGCUGCUGUGGCCAUCCAAUCACAGUUCCGGAAGUUCCAGAGCAAGAAGAAGCAGGAAGUAAAGUCCUAGAGUGGGCAGGACAGAGCCGGGCAGCUCUGUCUCCCAUAGGCCGGGACUGCACCAGUUGGGGGUUUGGUCUUGCAUGUCAAUCAAACCACACCGUUAUGGACUCAACUGAGGGGGAGUUAAGGGGAAGAGGGAAGGCUAGAGGGAGGGGUCAGGGUUCAAGGAUCAAGGGGUCACUGAUAUCUUUGAAAUGAUUAUAUGUAACUUAUUAAUUGAUCGCUGUGUCCAUAAAUGAUGGUUAAGUUCUGGAUAAAUCUUGAUCUUUCCUAUGAUUUUGCUAUUUUCGUUUUUUUAAUGAUACUGUAAUACUACUACACUCUAUAUUUUCCAGUUGCUGUAGCAGUCCAAACCCUUAGUAGUCCUCUCAUGUCUCUCUCAUGUCGUGUACGCUGCAAUAUACCCAUUUGAACAAUAAAACGCUGCUUGAUAAGUAGGUUUCCUCGUAAAGCAAUUAAGAAACUGGAACCAGGGUUCUAUCACCCUCAGGCGGAACAUGUAGCCAAAUGUAUUGUGAAGAUUGAUCGUCAGAUUCUGCAUUCUUUUCAACUGUGGCAUCAUAAAUCUAAAGAUUUUUUCCCCUAGUAUGUCUGUUAUUAAGGGUGUUUCCCUCUCGUUGUGGGGAGUGUUUCCAGACAUUCCAGCUUGUCUUGUUUGAUCCCUCCCAGUUAUCGCAGCGCCCAGUGGCUGAUGCAUUUAGAAUUUAAUCAAUGGCUACAAUUUGCUUUCCAAUGUCUCCGGUGUCUCAACUUGCCAACUAAAUCUAGGGCUUGUUCCGUUAUUUACAUGAGAAUUGUGGAUUUCCUUCCUUCCCUUCAACUUCAACGUCAAUGGAAAGUGUUUUUAUUUUGUUUGUAUGACUUUGUUUCGACAUGAAUUGUUUUUUAAUGGGUGUUUCUAUUGAAUCCCCAUUGUUUCCUUUUGUUGUUCAAACCCAAAUGAGUGGAAUAUACUGUACAAUACCAUCAAUCUUCAGUAGAGACACGUUCAAAGAAUACUUAAUAAAUAUCCAAGAGGUAAA